AUGUUGACUUAUUUGACCGUGUCCCCGGAGGUGCGUUCUGCGUUGCCAGCCAUCGACGCACGCGCACCUCCGUCCCGCCCGCACGUGGCGCUCAAACUGAAGCAGUGCCAGCGCGAACUGGAGCGCACGCGCAAGAUCCAGCGCGACAACUUCGGCCUGCUGCAGCGCCUCAACGCCAUCAUGCGCGUCAACCGCCUCGACAACCACUGGCCGAAGCCGCUGCCCAACUUCCAGCAGAAAGUGGGCCUGUUCUACGACGCCAUGUCGCUGCGCAGCCGCGUGACGGCGCGGUCGGCGCCCGACGAGUCUAGCGUCUCGUCCUACCACAACGUCAAGUGCUACGCCUGCGACCUCAAGAAGAAACAUUACGAAUUCAAGAUGCUGGAAUUAAGAUCUCCGGAAGACUUGCUCCCUUCAAUUUUCUAAAGAUUUGUAC